AUGGGCGAGGGAGUCGCGGGCAGUCAAGAAGCAAGCAAGCAAGCGACAACUGCCAGCCGCAACGCUUCUCGGCGUCGUUUCGGUAUAAACUUUCACAAGUCGUGCUUUCUCACGAAACGGUCAAAAACGGUCAGCCACCAACCAUCAUGUCGUUAUAACGAGCAUUAUUCCACGACAGAGUGGCUGCGACGAGUUCUUCCACUGAGCAGCUCCAAGUGGUAUCAGUUUGGAUUCGGAGACCACCUGACGAAAAUGCAGAUUUUCGUCAAGACCCUUACGGGCAAGACCAUCACGCUGGACGUGGAGCCGUCGGACAGCAUUGACAAUGUCAAGCAGAAAAUUCAGGACAAGGAAGGGAUUCCGCCUGACCAGCAGCGUCUCAUUUUCGCUGGCAAGCAGCUAGAGGACGGUCGCACGCUGUCGGACUACAACAUCCAGAAGGAGUCGACGCUGCACCUGGUGCUUCGUCUGCGUGGCGGUGGCAAGAAGCGCAAGAAAAAAGUGUACACGAAGCCCAAGAAGAUCAAACACAAGCACAAGAAGGUGAAACUCGGCGUGCUCAAGUACUACAAGGUGGACGACAAUGGAAAGAUCCAGCGUCUGAAGAAGGAAUGCCCGGCGCCUCAGUGUGGUGCUGGCGUGUUCAUGGCCACUCACUUCGACCGGCACUACUGCGGCAAGUGCCACGUGACUUACCAGUUCCAGGGCGAGGACAGCGCGUAG